AUGUCGCACGUAUUGGCCGUAGUGCUGCUGCUCUGUGCGGGUGCCCCCUGCGUAAAGUGCUCCACAGAGCCCACCGCCUUUCCCCUUCCCAGACACCGUGUGCCAAGUGACAGUGGCAACUACCAUCUGCCAGCCCAUCUCGCCAAGAUCGUCAACGGGCAGACGGCGGAGAAAGGGCAGUUUCCUUGGCAGGUUUCGAUCCGCGCAGCGCUUGGGCGUUCCGUUACCGUGUGCGGUGGUUCGCUGAUCGACGCCCAGUGGAUCCUGACUGCGGCCCACUGUGCCCACGACUACACCGUGUUUCAGGUCGGACUCGGAUCGAUUCACCUUAACGUACCGCGGCUCACGAUGUCAACUGUCACCAAGCACGUGCACCCGGAGUUCGAUCCGUGGCGGCUUACGAACGAUGUGGCUCUUAUCCGGUUACCAUCGCCGGUUCCAUACAGCCACGAGAUUUACCCAAUUAAGCUACCGAUCAAUAUUUCGCCCCAAGAGUCCUUCGUCGGCCUGAAAACGAUUGUGUCAGGAUUCGGGCGUACUUCGGACGCGGUCCAAUCGAUCUCCACCAUGCUAAAGUACGAGUAUAUGCGCAUCAUAUCCAACGCCGAGUGCUCCACCGUGUACGGAGCGUCUAUAAUUCGAAACACAACACUCUGUGCGCUCGGUUUUGACCGUUCGAAUCAGAACGUCUGCCAAGGCGAUUCCGGUGGGCCCAUGGUCUUGCAGCAAAUCGACGGCAGCUGGGUCCAGAUCGGCAUUGUGUCGUUUGUAUCGAGCCGAGGAUGUAGUACCGGUGAUCCCUCUGGAUACAUACGCACCGUCAACUACUUGGACUGGAUCGCCAAAACUACAGCCCUUCGAACAGUCGGCUCAGUGGUGAAACACUGA